AUGGUUAAUGUCAAUGCCGCCUUCCCAUUUAACCUCCACAACCAGUCACUUGGCGAUCCUCCGUCUCGCAGUGUCUCAGGCGGAACCCUGGAUAGCAGUCGGCAGGCCUCGCGAUCUCCUGCACGUCAUUCGCUACACACGAGAUACUCGAGCACUUCGCUGCAGCGGGAUGCGGAAGGUCCCGCUUCUCAGAGCAAUGACGUAGUGGAAGGAAGAGGUGACCCGCACAAGCCGAUAUUAAAUGUUAGGCUUGUAUCAACUCCAGUGAGCAACAGUGCAAACAGGGCAAUUAAUAGCAUCUCUCGGGGGCGACCAGGGCGUGGGAUCGAACAUGGACGAGUGAUGGUUGUCAGUGCUGACCACAUUUCUCAUCCUGACGAGGACGACGAAGAACAUGACCAUGUGGCUGAAGACAGUGAUGUGCUGACACCUCCUCGUCCACAAGUGUACACGUCUGAAAGAGAUGCAGACAAUUCAUCUGAUAGUGAUCCCUCCAAACCGUCUCCUGUUGCCAAUGUCAUACAUACCGAGGAUUUUACGAUUCGUGACGCUGGUGCUAUAUCACGUUCCUGGGGGGACUGA